UCACGAGUCGCCAUUACAUAUCGCUCUUGUUAUUAUUGCGUUUGUGAAGGAGAUUGCUUAUGUCAAACAUUACAGCGCGCGAUUAUAAUUUUCUUGAAACAAAUGUUUCAAACUAAGUUCUAAUACUUAAUUAGUUUAUUUGUUGAUUUGAAAGUAAAAAAAGAUGGCUCCGCCUCGGCGUAUACUGCGGCAGCAACUAGAGAUUUUGAUGAAUUUCUUAGAGGAAAAUAAAUAUAUGUCUAAAGGAUUAAUGCCGGGUGCGCCGGUCUCCCAUCAAAAGACUCGACAAAAGUGGGCAAUUUUGGCCAAACAACUUAACGCAGUACAAUCAGGGGCUUUGAAGACACCAGAUGGAUGGAAAAAGUACUGGUUUGAAUGGAGACACAAGUGCAGAAAGAAAGCAGCAAAUGCAAGGAGGUUUCGGUCUGGGUCCGAAGGUGGUUCAAAUAGAUGUAUUCCACUCAAUGACUUAGAAGUGAGAGUCUUAGAACUAAGUGGCAAAGGCUCUGUUUCAACUGCUGUUUCAUCAUCUAGUCAGAAUGAUAACUUCACAGGCGAUUCAGAUUCUGAACCUUUAGAAAAUCUUAAAUUGAAACGGACACCAAGCACUUCCAAGCCGAGACAGUCUGGUGAUCCUGAGUCACCAACAGAUGACAUUUCUGGCCGUGUUUCUCCACCACCAAAAUGGGCGAUAGACUUUGAAGAAAGGAGAUUAGCGGCUGAAGAGAGGAUAGCAGAUGCAUUAGAAUCUAUGGCUAAUAUCAUGAAGAGUCAGGAGGAAAGGCGUGGCUUAUUGGAGGAACGGAUAGCUGAUGCUCUCACAGCCAUAGCUGGGACAGUUCAGGAUCUGAACAGUGGAGUACAAGAUGCUCUGCAGCAAUUACAACCAUUACAAGCUAAUGUUUUCUACAGACAUUAA